GCGACAUAUCCCUAAAUGGUGUUUACAUAGAAGAGUGCAAUAAAGUACGCGCUACGUUCCCGCCAUCAUCCUCUCGCACGGCCCCCAACGUAGGCCUACCGCCGCGACGACGCCCACGUUCUGUAGGACACCACCGCCAAUGCUGCAACCUGCUUCAACCUAAUUCUGCGAUCUCUUCAUUUCCAUUGCUCUGGUAUUCGGCGAUCACGUCCGCAUCCGAGGCGCUGCAUCUGUCAAGCGUCCAUACCAAACUCCUGCCGCGAACAUGCCUAGCAGCAAUGGUUACCCUCUGGACAGGGACAGGCUUUCGACAUUUCAAGCAUCCUCUGCAUCUCUAGCAUCUCAGGAGACCUUCCAAACUGCCCUCUCGUCUGAAUCAAGCCCAGAUGAAGCGCACGCGCCGGAGCGACCACCGCCUGCCUCGCCCCUUUCGCCAACUGCUGUGCGCAAGGCGAUCUCCGUGGACUCCUUUGCUAACUAUAAGCAUGAUACUUCGAGGAACUCUCCGAUCUCUCCGCGGAACCUAGGGUACGACGCUAUACCCGAGCUCGCGCUACCAGUCCCUCCCACUCAAAAUAAUCAUGCUUCGAGCUCGAAGGAGCCAAUAAGGAAAGACUCCCGCGAGAACUGGGACGCUACUCAGCGCACACCAGCGAAGCGCAAAGUCAGACCAGGCUCGCUGUCGCGGUUGUCUCCUGCUGCUAUUGUCAGUCCCAUGCCGGGUUUGAGCUGUGAUACGGAUGUUUACCAUGCGAUGAACGCCGUCUACGACUUGCCGCCGAAGAUAUCAGUGGCUGUCAUCGGUACUAGGGGCUCCGGAAAGACGACCCUCAUUCGUGAAGGUCUGAAGUUGCAUGGCCUAUCGGACCCGGCUCCAGUUUCGAUGCUCGUCCGUUCCAUCGGCAACUUGGAUUAUACUUUCUAUGCUGCACGCAUGCCACAUAUUGCUUUGGGUACCACUUCAACCAUUGGUAUCAAGGAGAUAGACGUGGAAGCCCUUCAGAUGGAAGUUACUGGCGAAGUCUGGCCUGCACACGCUUCUCAUAUCUCGGGAGUCGUGAUCUGCUAUGACAGUGCUGAUCAACAGUCGUACCAACAUGUGGAGACACUCCUUAGUGGCUUUAGGGAUCUGAAACACCCCACUGUCCUUGUCGCAUGUAAGUCUGACUUGGAAGCCGAGGUAGACCCUCAUGAGAGUCUGGCGACCGCGCAAGACUACCGCGCUGGUUUCGUCGAGGUCACCAGUAACCAUGAGAGCGGGAAAGAGCGGAUGCAUAGGUGUUUCGAGUGGAUCGUAAACAGGAUAGUGCAGAGCCAGCAACGCCAGUUGGACACACCCUCAGGCGCUGAGAACACGAUCCUGCUCGACGAGCCUCACUACCCUUCAGCGCCCGUUACUGUGGCGAUGAAGUCAGAGAAAAGCACGUCCUCAGAUAUGGCUCAUCGACAGUCGACGACGCUAUCCCAUUCGCCGUUGUCUGCCUCGUCCCCUUCGAGCAACCUUCCCCGGUCAUGGUCAGGGGACGAGCUUGGGUUCUCCGGUCGCAUCUCGCCACAGACGUCGCGGCAGCGCAUGGAUGUGUCUACGUCUCCAUCCAAUCACAGAGAACCGCAGACAGUCAGCUCAGAGUCGCUGGAUAAUGGUUCGUCCGGGCACGGGAGAGACAGCGUGCAUAGCCAUAACAGUCAUAAUGGAACUGUGUCUCACUCGUUGCGUGCGGAGCAGCAAGAACGUGCUCCAAGUCCAUGGGCAACCUUAGAACAAAUUCUUGAUAAGUUAUUAUUUUUGGCUGUCUCUGGAGACGACCCCGCUUUUAUUUCACACUUCCUGCUUACCUACCGCCGUUUCGCUAAUCCUAGGAGCGUGUUGCUCGCUAUGCAAAAGCGCAUGCGUCAGCUGGAUCAGCUGCUCUCAGAUCCGCUCUUGGCAUGCUUUGCUCAGUUACGAAUCUGCCAUUUGCUUGGCGCCUGGAUACAAGACUACCCCUAUGAUUUUGCCGUUCCAGGCAGUGCUGGAGCACUCUCCGCCGUAGUGAAGUCCGUCAUGUCCAAAUCGCACCUUCUGCACUAUGCUGCCGACUUCCUUCCGUUCCUCGAAGUCCUUCCCAACCUGGUGGACCGUGAUGUGCAAUGGGCACUGAAGACGGAUGAGCUGCCGGACCACAGUGAUGACUCGUACAGCACGUCGGACGAGGAGGUCCUGGAAAUAUCGCCUGCUGUGCAAGAGCCACCGGAUAGCCCACCCGCACCGCCCAAGUCGGCUGCUUAUACGCGAGAUCGCAGGCCUAGCUUGCCUCUGACUGCCAAGGCGCUCGUGAUGCCCAACACUCCCCUUGUCGAGAGCUUUGCCCAUGAUGGGUUCAAUCCAUCUCCCAAGGUCAUCAUCAGGGAGCUUCAUAAGAUCUGUCAGGAUCUCAGUUUGCUGGACUCCAAGGACAUCGCGCAGGAAAUAACGAGAUUGGAAGUCAAAUUAUUCCUGCAGAUUGAGGUGGGUUCCGCGAGGUACCUCUCCGAACAGCCUUCACUGAAAAAUUUUCAGCCCCGCCAUUGGCUGCAGCAUGUCUUCGUUUCUGGCAGAAAGGAUCCGGAAACUGAUCCUAUUGCUCGAUUCAAUAAGGUUUCUGAACAUCUAGCGCAAUGGGUCGUCUCACUCAUCUUGUGUCACGACAAAGCACGCGCACGGUCGCGACAGAUUGAAAGGUUCCUUGAGAUUGCAACAUGCUUGCGUCGCCUACAAAAUUAUUCAGCGCUUCGUUCCAUUGUUGCUGGGAUCAACAAGUGCGCACUGGACGACCAGACCAUGGACCUGCUGAAGAAGUCUACUUCACAUUAUAAGAUUCUACAAUCAUAUGAUCGGUUAUUUCAACAAAGCCGAGGACAUCAAGCGUAUAGGAUGGCUCUCAAAAACACCAGAGGUGCAUGUAUACCCUCCCUCGCUGUGCACCUCUCGGACCUCAUCAGGACGCACGAAGGCAACGCCGAUGUGAAUGGGAAUGAUCCCACGCAGAUCCACUGGGGCAAGUUCAACCUCAUGGGCCGGUUCAUUCGUGGUAUCAGACAACGCCAAGUACAAUGCGUUGAUGAAUACAACUUUCCGGAGAGAGCUCAUAUUAGAGACUUGCUGAUGCAGGAGUGUCUCAUGGAUGAGAAUCUUCAGAGGAUCCGUAUCGGUGAGGCCCCGUUGGACAUGGGUCUUUCGGAUGACCUCCAGGCACCGACCCGGCCUGUGUCUCGGGAUAUAUCUAAUGAUCCAGCACUCAUCAAGAAAUUCUUUGGCCUCUCCUAAUAUGCCUGAUGCUCAUGGGCUGUUCUUCUUGGAUUUGAGGAUCUGCUUAUUUCGACAACUAACCGUGUCUCGCCGUCGCUAACUGGAGUAUCCUACGCUAACUUAUUUAUCUUGUCUAUUGUCGUCUACCGUGUUUUGUAUUAGCUGCAGGCUUCGGAAUAGAUCUUGUUGGAUACGUUGCUGGAAAUAGAUCGGAAGCAUCAAUUAUGCCACAGUAUUCCUACACUCGGUGUUGUUGCCACCCUACAAAAUACACCAGCUUUGACAUAGAUGUUUAUACAUGCGGAAGUCCGUAAGUGCCCAGAUAAAGAAUCACGACUACUCGUCCAGGAACUCCUUGGACAUGUCAGCGAAUGCUGCUGCGCCUACACCGAAUAAACCAAGCUGUUCGACGCAUGCAGCAGCCUGACGGUACAGUUGCUCCAGCGCAGGGUGUGACGGCCUGCCUUGUGAUUUCAGGAUCGCAAUGUUCAGUUCGUUUGCAAGGGCAGCUUUGGCCUCCGGCCCUACAAUCUCAGCAAUCUCGGCUCCAGCACUUGCAGGGUCUUCGUACGCAACGAUUCCAAACGUACGCUUGAAGAGGGCUUGUACUUCAGCCCGACUAUCAGAUUUGUAGUCCGAACGCAGCUUCUGUCCGUAACUCAGGGCGGCCGACAGAGCGGCGUGGUAUUCAGAUGUUGCGUAGCUCAGAGCAGGAGUACUUGACGAUGACGUUGGAUAGUCGGUGCUACCGUUGGUGGCACUGCCGUCCCGUACGCCACGCGGGGGAAAUCCAUUCGUGCCAGGAGCAGGCAUGGGUAGGGCGUCAGAGUCGUCAAUAUCCAUCGCGCUUACCCCCAUCGGGUCGUCGUCCCUCUCUCUGCUGUCGUCUUUGAGUCUCUGCUCCUCCUUCAUUCGCUUCAUGGCAUCGCUGGCUUGCAAUACCAGCUCUACGAACUUCCGGCAUUUCAGCUUUACCAGCAUUAAGCCCUCGUUCUCCUCUAGGACCUUUGGAAACUGCUUCGCGGUCUUGUCAAUAGCGGUGUCGAUGUCUCCAGCCGUCACAGCAUUCACUAUAUGGAGCCGUGCAUCUAGACCAUCCACGGAGUCCCCAUUAGAAAAGGAAGACGCAGUCUUGUAUGAAUCGGGUUGAGUCAGGUCGUCCAUGACCAGGUCUUCGUCCAGAGUCCGGCUACUCGAAGGCACUGGCACUGGAACCGGGGUCACCCCCUUGUCCCUACCGCCUUCUAGCAGGGCGGCACGAUUGAGAUGAUCGAACUGGGUCCGGAAGGCUUGUGCAGUCUUAGCAUAGCCGUGAUGCUCUAGGUACUCCAGGACCAGCCUGCCCAACGGGGCGCGCACCCUCUCGACUUCUUCUAGGUCCGACGACUCCCAAGACUCGGACUCGCCGUCUUCUGUGCGUGCAGUGGCGGCAGGUUGAGAGUGAUCGGAAUGGUCGAAUCUGCCAAGAAGGUCGCGUUUGAUAGGAGUACUUUGAAUGUUGGCCCAAACCAGAUUCCUCUGCUGCUGGACGUAAUCGUUGAUGUCAAAGGCAAAGUUACGAUGUCCGAAAUUUACGCUGAUCGCUUCUCCCUGCUGGCGUAAAGAGACACAAGGAUAGACGUCGCACUCCUUCCCGACGUCCUCGAAGACAUUUCCUAAAAAUCGUCCAUUCCUGGUGAAGAAUGCACGAUGCGAGGUGAAAUCAAUACCACAUCCAAUGACAUCAUGAUCCUCGAACCUCGGACCAUAUGGAGUCCCAUUCUUGUCGGAAGCAAAGACUAGGCCAUCUUCCCCGCGGUAUCCCCACGAAUGAGCUUCAUACCCCGGAAUACGGGAUAACCGAACUUGGCCGGCAGCCAGACCGAUAGUGAUACCUCCUCUAGUACCUUUGCUGAGUAUCUGCACCUCGUAGUAGUAGAUCCCGCAAGCAGGCGGGAUCGGGUGAUUCGUCCUGGCAGCCGCGGCGUCCUUGUCGUUACCGAGUGCGGGCCCGGUGAAACUCAAAUGACUCCCAUCACUAGAGACGCUCAAGGACGGAUAACGAUCUUGAUCGCUCCAUCUAGUGGGAAGCCUCAAGAUGGGGCUGCUGGAGAUGAGCACUGAGGGAGGGAGGCUGAGGUCUCUGGGCGGAGGGCUCUCAUCCUCGCUGUCCGUCCCAGGCGUGACUUCUCUGUGCUUGAUAUGGGGCCACACGACGCUCGGUGCGGUGGAUGAAGCAUCGGGGUUUGCAUACCGGCUAGGUGGAAGCGUCGGUGCCGCUUCAGUUUGCAGGAGAUGUCGGAGCGCCGAAUGAGCAAGGUACGCAGGGGGCGCAAAUGCCGCGGGGAGGGGCUGAGGAGAUGGGGGACGGGGGGCAUGAUGGCUUGACGAAGGCGCGCGGUAGAACAAUGGCCCCGCCGCUCCAAUACUCGGUACUCCAGUACUGUUGCUGGCAACACUGCGUCUCCUGCUUAGUAAAGGGGGGACGUGCGGAGACCCGUCGUUAUCUCCGACGCUGCGAGAUGGACCGACGCCGCCGUUAGCACGAAUCCUUCGGGGCUCGACAGGGCUCUGAGAGGUGCCUAAUGGAUGUGGC